AUGGCGAAAUCAACACGUUCACCCUUCCUCGAUAUCCUCCCCCCAGAGCUCCGUCUACAUAUCUACACACACCUCCUCGUUUCUCCCUCGUCCAUCAAAGGCUCCGUUGCUCGUCAAGACACCAAAUACGAUCUUCAUACAGCCAUCCUCCGAACCAACAAGCAAAUCCACCACGAGGCCCGCUCCGUAUUCUUCGGCAAAAACACCUUCUACAUCACCUCCUUACCGCCAACUACGUCCAGCAGUAACUGCAACCAAGAUGCCGCGGAAGAAGAAGAAGAAGAAGAAGAAGAAGAAGAAGGCUCUGGAGCCUUCGAACCCCCACUCCAACUCACCGACCUCCCCCUAGUCCGCCAUCUUGAAGUCGAUCUCCUCUACUACUCAAACUCCAUGACAACAACGCUAGAUUCCCGCGAUGGAGUCUGGAAACCCGUCUCUGUCGGUGCUGGACGCUACACAACCAGCUUAUCCUACCUACUUGGCACCGUCUCGCCAAGUCUGCUCAGCCUAACCCUCUGCGCAGACACACGCCGCUACAUCGACAACAACAACAACAACACUAGCCAGGACCCUCAUCGUCUUAGCAGCAAAUCCGAAACCGAUAUCGAGCGACUCCAAGUCCAGAAACUACUCACUGGGUUUUACAUGGCGGAUAGCAACUCGCUUUUCAACAAAGCUAUGAAAGACCUCCUUGUGAGGGAUGUGGGCCUGCAUUUCGAUUUCCCGGAAAGCUACUUUGACUUUGUGGUCGGUAGGGAGAAACUUUGUGGACAGAGUCUUGUGGAGUUGGCCGGUCAGGUACUGGCGGCGAGGAGUGAGAUUAGGUUCAAGGCUGCUAUGCAGGAGGCAGGUGUAGGAAAUGAGGUUGCGGAAGAAGGGACAGUGAAUCUGAUUCCGUUUCCAUGCUGA